UCCCUGAUUCACUAGCUGCAGUUUAGUCCCGCUUCCAGCGUGCGUCGGCCGCGGCAGGGAGGGAGGGCGGGGCGGGACUCUGCCUACCCCGUAGGGCGCCUACGUUCGACGUAUUUGGGGUCGGUCUCUAAUUUCCUGUGAAGAGAGUUUACAAAAAAUGGCAAGAGGGGUAUGUGGACUGUGAAGACGAGUUGUGGUUCUGCCACGUGGUGGCUGGAGACUGGGGGCAAGUCUCUGUGCCUCUUGAGAGCUGCUUUGCCUCGUUUUUCCGACGAGGCGUGGACGAGACUAAGCGCUCUGACCUGUGCGGAGAGCCGGGGGCAGUCGCUGCAGGUGCUGCGUCCCCAAGAGGUGGUGAGCUGAGGACCGUUUGAAGAAGACUGAGGUGUUACUUGAUUUCACUGAAACAUUUUAGAGGUAUCAAAUAAUGUCAUCUGAAAUGUUGCCAGUAUUUACUGAGCCUUACAAGGUUGAAAGGAAGCAAGGUUUAAGGGAAGAUCAAGAGGAGAGCCAAAAGCCAAGAUUAAAUGAAGAGUUUGAACCAAUAUCUAAAAGACAAAUGAAGAAGCUAAUGAAACAGAAACAAUGGGAAGAGCAACGAGAACUCCGCAAACAAAAGCGGAAGGAAAAACGCAAAAGAAAGCAAUUGGAGCGACAGUGUCAAUUGGAAUCAAACUCAGAUGGAAAUGACAGGAAACGUGUUCGAAGAGAUGUUGUUCAUAGCACACUUCGCCUUAUCAUUGAUUGCAGUUUUGACAGCUUGAUGGUAUUAAAGGACAUUAAGAAACUUCACAAGCAGAUUCAACGAUGCUAUGCAGAAAACCGACGAGCACUGCAUCCUGUGCAAUUUUACUUGACAAGCCAUGGAGGGCAGUUGAAAAAGAACAUGGAUGAGAAUGACAAAGGAUGGGUCAACUGGAAGGAUAUCCACAUCAAACCAGAGCACUAUAGUGAAUUCAUUAAAAAAGAAGACCUGAUCUACCUUACAUCAGAUUCACCUACGGUACUGAAGGAAUUAGAUGAGUCAAAGGCCUAUGUGAUUGGAGGAUUAGUAGAUCACAACCAUCACAAGGGACUCACAUAUAAACAAGCAUCAGAUCAUGGAAUUGAUCACGCACAGCUCCCCCUUGGAAAUUUUGUGAAGAUGAAUAGUAGAAGAGUUUUGGCAGUUAAUCACGUGUUUGAGAUUAUUCUGGAAUACCUGGAAACAAGAGACUGGCAAGAAGCAUUUUUCACUAUAUUACCUCAGCGGAAAGGAGCUGUUCCCACAGACAAAACCUGUGAAAGUUCUUUGAAUGACAAGACUUAUGCCAGAGUUGAAGGUAUUUUGGACAGUGAUUCCAGUGACGAGGAAGAUAGCAGAAAUGAGCUAGAUUCACCACAUGAAGAAGAAAAGCAGGAUAUAGAAAAUAGCACUGAGUCUACAGUGAAUGCUGUACCAUACUAAUGUCAUCUGGUUUUGUUUUCUUUUUUAAUUUAAGGAAAAGUUCGGUAGAAAAUGAGCUGCUUCAUAGACUCUCUGAAUUGGAAGAAAAUUUCAUUUUCUUAUUUCUGUUGUUUUUAAAGCUUCUUUUAGAGCUAAGUGAUAAAUAAGCCAUAUACGAAAGCAUUUUUGGUUUGCAUGAUAUUUAAAUGUGUAAUUUUAAAAAGAGUUUUCUAAGCCUCAAAUAAGAGUUUCUUGAGAAUAUUCCUUCAUUGGUAAACCUUCAUUCUCUUUUAUUUUCUGGAUUGUAUUCUUCAGGAUGUACCUUCUGACAUUUCAGUUUUAGUAUUUAUAUCACCUUUUAUAUGUCUUUCUGACACAUUGUGUACUUCUUUUUUGUGGAGGCAGAUAAUCACAAGUCUUUAAGUCUACCAAAAUGUUCUGUAUGAGAGGUAACCUUCUGUUUGCAGCUUUUAUAUUCAAUUUAGUUUUUUCAAAGGAAUAUAGUGAUUUUUUGGAAGAAGCAUCAGAUUAAUAAGCUCAACAAUUUGUUUUUUUUGGACUAUGGAGCCUGUUUCCGUUCUCCUUUGUGAUGCUUUCAUGUGGUUCUAAAGCAACCACUGAAGAGUUAACCAUCUUUUUAAUAUAUAUGUCUUAAUUCCAAUUAUGGUGGUACAUUAUUUCAAUUAAAAAUUUAAUUUUUCAGGCUAGAUUAUUUUAAAAGGCUAUUGAGGGAUCUGUUUUGUCUUUACCUAAAUUUAAAAAGAAGCAGCUUUUAGCAGUUGUCCUUUCCUUCCAUAUAUACUUAAGUAAAAUGUCUGUUGAUUUUUAAAGUGAAUGGAACUAACUAUAUAUAUUUAUCUGUCUACUAUCAUAUAAUAAUAUUCAAGCUAAUAUAAAUGUAUGUUUCUAAAUAAUAUAAACAUGUAUGAAAAUAUGCAUAUAAUUGUAUAGUUUGUCCACAUAUAUGAAUCUCAGUUAUUAAUAAUAGGAUGAAAUUGGCAUACAUCAGUAGCAUUUAUGUGAAGGUUAUAUUGAAUGCUAAGGAGUUUGAAUUUCAUAAAGUACAAAUACACAUAACUAAACAUUUGUUUGAGGAUAUUAGUGAGAGAAGAGGGGCCUAACGAGAUGUUUUAGCUUCCAACAGUAAAUGUAGAUCAGUUAGGUUCCAAGUGGUUGUUCUUUGCCAUAGCUCAAGUUAAGAUUUCAGAAGCCUUCACUGAGUUUAGAUAAAUUAAGUUGCUGUUUUUACUCCCUGGCAUCUCAAAUUAUAUACACAUUUGAUAGAAAGGUCACUGGACUUAGUACUAAUGUCGCUGUCUUUUUUUAUUGCUUUAUUCUGUGAUCGAUUUAAAGUAAGGUAUGUGAAUAAAGGUAUGUAAAUAAAGAAAAUCCCCUACAAUUCUGGAAGAAGAAAGCUUAUGAUAUCUUAAGUUGUAGUUUUCAAAGGUUCAGUUUUUUCCUAAGUAUGGUUUAGUAGCAUGAAAUAUUGUGCCCUUUACUUAAAUUGUUCCAUAUGGAGAAAGGUGGAGAAAAUCAUUAUAGGCACUAUUUAGUUUAAUUUUCACUAAUUACAGAAGCCCUUUAUCAGUUUCCUAGGUCUGCCAUAACAAAUCACUACAAACUGGGUGGCUUAAAACAACAGAAAUUUAUUCUCUUACAGUUCUGAAGGCUAAAAAUCCAGCACCAAGAUGGUGUUAAGAGCAAGCUCCCUUUGAAGGCUAUAUGGAGGAGUCUUUCCUAGCCUUGUCCUAACUUUUGGUGGUUGCCAGCAAUCCUGAUGUUUCUUGGCUUGCAGCUGCAUCACUCCAGCCUCUGCUUUGUGUCACAUGGCCUCUACCGUCUGUCUGCCAUGCCUGUUCCUAUGUCCCUCUUCUUCUAAGGAUUUCAGUCAUUGGGUUAGGGUUAGCCCUAAUCCAGUACUUUAAUUACAUCUACAAAGACCCUAUUUCUAAAUAAGGUCACAGCCACAAGUACCAGAUAUUAGAACCUGAACAUAUCUUUUUGGUGGACACAACUCUAUCCACUGCAAGUCUUAUUUAGGCUGUCGAUGACAAGAUAUAGAACCUGUACGUCAAGAGGGUGAAGAUUACAAUUAGAAACAACUAAUUUCUGAGGUAUUAAAAAAUUUUUUUAAUAAUAGUAAUUUUUUUCUUGUUUUAAUAUAUUCUUUUCUCAACAUUGUUUUGGUUUAUUGAGACACUUUAUUAUUUAAAACUUAAAAACAAUCAUAAAAAAAAAAAAAAGAUGGCAGGGAUUAGAAUAAUGACCACAAUGGCCUAUAAUGCUUAUUAAACUUUGAUCUCAAUUAUUAUGGAAGUGUUUAUCUUUGUUUUCCUAGCUCCUUGCCAGACACAUACAGUAGGCACUUAAACGUGAAGGAGAGAACCAGUGGCACAAUCAAGUGAUAAUACAGUUAGUGGAAAGAACAGGCUUCAGUUUCAGCAAUGUCAUUUGCUAGUGGAUGACUUUGGACAACUUACUAACUUCUGUAAGUCUCAGUAUCUCAUUGGUAAAAAUGGGAAUGUUAUCCCAUUUAUCCUAUCUCUAAGGGUUGAGCAAUCAAUUGGUUUGAAACCAAGCAGAGGCUAACUUGAUACUUUCUCAUAUUGACAUUUAUUUUUUGCCCCAUUUCCCUUGUUUCUCACUCUUCCUUUUUGACACUGUCUCCCUAAAAAGUAAUAAUAUAUAUGCCUUUGUUUCAGACUCUGCUUCCUGAGGUUUAGAUAAGAUUUUUUAAGGGCAAACUUCCUAAUUUACCAGAAUGAAUACUUAUUAAACAAAAUAUGGAAAUCAGAUCAUUUAGUGAAACAUUUCAAAAAGCAAUAAAACAAUGCUAAGAUAAAAUAUGACUACAUAAAACCUCUUUGUCCUAUCAACAAAUAUAGUCUAAAAUGACUCAAAUUGGAUUUUUUUAAAAACCCCAAACCUAAAUAUAUGCUGUAUUUAAAUAAAAUUAUUCGCAGUAUUGAAAAUAAAAGAAUAGUGAAAAGCAUAUUGGACUAUUAAUAGAUACAGAAGUCAUAAUUUUAACAUUGGGUACAGUUCAUCACUGCAAUUAAUGAAAAGAAGGGCAUGUUGUAAUGCUCAAGAAUGUCCCUAGUGCGAAGAUCUACACAGAUCUAUGCACCAAGUAGCAUAGUAUUCAAAUUCUUUGAGAAAAAACUUUAAGAAUUACAUGAAAAUGUAAAACAUGCAUUAGUAUAAGAAGAGUUUAAUUCAUCCUUCCCACCCAUGAUAAGUGGACAAAAAACGGGAGAUGUAAAUGCUAUAAUAAGGUAGGUAUAAUUGACAUAUAUCAAAUUCUGCAGGUUGAAAGCAUUUAUAAAGGUGACCAUAUGCUAAGCCCCAGAGCUAUCAAGAAAAUCAAAGGAUUGGUCCUUUUUAUAGAUCACAUCUGACCAAAAUGCAAUUAAGUUAUAUAAAUCAUUAAAAAAUAUAACAAGUUUGAAAAACAUCAUGUUUGGGAAUUUCAAAAAUAGCUUCUAAACAACUUUUGGGUCACAGAAGAAACCAAUGAAAAUCAGAAAAUAGAAGUAAAUUUAAUGAAACCUUUAAAACUUUUAGACUACUAAAGCAACAUUUAAAGGAAAAUUUACAGCCUAAAUUGCUUAAGUUAGAAAAAGAAGGAAGACUGGCAUUAUUGAGCUAUGUGUUUAAUUUAACAAGUUAAAAAAAAAAACUCAAAGUGAAGGAGGGAAAUAAAGAUAUAAGCAAUAAUUAGACAUACAGAAAGAGGCUGAAGGGAAAAAUCCAUUCCUUGAAAAGACCAAAUAGAUUAACGUGGCAAAAUUAAAAAUUUUUAAGAAAGAAGGCACAUAGAAAUGAAUAGUGGAGUAUUAAAUUGGAAACAAAUGGGUAUUAUAAAAUACUUCAUAUCCUUGCACUUAAAAGUUUGUAUGAAGUUUUGUGAAAAAAGAAAUUACCAAUAACUCAAAAAAAAAAAACCCAAAGAAUCUUGUAACUCUAAAUAAAUUGAUUUAGUAUUUUAAAAUCUAGGACUAAAUGUUGUCUGUGAAGCAUAUCUGUGAAACAACCAAAAGCAAAUAGUAUUACACAGACUUUGUAGAGAACUAAAAAUGAGGUAAUACUGAUUAUGAAGCUUGUUAACUGUGUUGUUCAAGUCUUCUGUGCUUUCCCAUUAUUUUUUAUGGUCAAAAACAGCAUUAAAUUUACCAUCUUAACCAUUUUUAAGUGUACAGUUCAGUUAAGUAUAUUCACAUUGUUGUGCGACAGGUCUGUAACUUAUUCAUCAUGCAACACUGAAACUCUAUAUCCAUUAAACACUAAUUCCUUCUCCCCAAUCCCACUAGCCCUUGGUCACCAAUUUUCUACUUUCCAUUUCUAUGAUUUUGACUAAUUUAGGUACUUCAUAUGGUAGAAUCAUUUAGUAUUUGUCCUUUUGUGACUGGCUUACUUAGCAUAAUGUCCUCAAAGUUCCUCCAUUUGUAGCAUAUAACAAUCUCCUUUUUAAGGCUGAAUAAUAUUCUAUUAUAUGUAUAUAUCACAUUUUCUUUAUCCAGUUAUCUGUUGAUGGGAAUUCAGAUUGCUUUCACCUCUUGGCUAUUUCGAAUAAUGAAUGCUUCAAUGAACACUAGUGUGCAAAUAUCUCUUUGAGAUCCUGCUUUUAAUCAUUUUGAUAAAUACCCAGAAGUGGGUUUGCUGGAUCAUAUGUUGAUUCUAUUUUCAACUUUUUGAGGAACUGUUUUCUGUAAUGUCUGUAACACUUUACAUUCCCACCAACAUUUUGUUGCUUGUGUGUUUGGUGGCAUAUCCAAGAAAUCACUAUCAAUUCAGUGUCCUGAAUUUUUUCCCCUAUUUCUUCUUUUAUAGUUUUAGGUCUUAAGUCAAGUUUAAAGUUAAUUUUGUGUAAACUAAAAAUAGAAAUACCAUACAAACCAGUAGUUAUACUUCUAGUAAUUUACCUGAAGAAAACAAAAUCCCUGAUUCAAAAAGAUAUAUGCACCCCUAUGUUUAUCAUCACAUUAUUUACAAUAGCCCAGUUAUGGAAGCAAUCUAGGUGUCCAUCAAUUGAUGAAUGGAUAAAGAAGAUGUGGUACAUAUACACAAUGGAAUAUUAUUCAGCCAUAAAAAAGCCAUCCAUUUGCAACAAUAUGGAUGGAUCUAGAAGGCAUUAGUCUAAGUGAAAUAAGCCAAGUGGAGAAAAACAAAUACCAUGUGAUUUCACUUAUUUGUGGAAUAUAAAAACAAACCAAAAACAGAAGGAACAAAAUAGCAGUAGACUCAUAGACACUGAGAAGUGACUGGUGGUUACUAUGGGGGAGGGGUUGGGGUAGUUGGAUAAGAAGGGUGAGGGGGAUAAAAGGACACAAAAAUUCUCAAUCAUAAUACAAGUUAGUCAUGGGGAUGGUAGUACAUAGAGAAUAUAGCCAGUGAUUCUGUAACAUCUUCCUAUGCGGGUACAUAGUAACCACACUAGUGGGGGUGAGGAUUUAAUAAUAGGAGUAAUGGUUGAACCACUGUGUUGUAUACUUGAAACCAAUAUACGAUUGUAUAUUGAUACUUCAAUUAAAAAGUUAAUUUUGUG